UUUACCUGUGGUUCUUUGAGUUGAACGCAAUAUAGAUUUGUCGAAGUAUCGUUGCUUCGUAUUCUCCGUUAAAAUGGAAAAAUGAAACAACGAGUUUGCUAUCUAUAUGAUAAAUGAGAAAGGAUCUAACGAAGUUUGACAGUUGACAAGUCUUCCUAAGGUGUUAUGAAGUGGUAUUGUCAGAAAUAUGAUUAAUUAAACAAGAAAGUAUCGUAAAAUGUAAUUUAUUGCUUGAAUUAAGUAAUAUGACGUGGAUAUAAUAAUCAAAAACCGAUAUCGUUAUGGAUAAUAAUUUAUCUACUCAUGUUUUUGAAACGUUUUAAAUUUGACAAUUUGUUAAGAUUAGCGAUUUUAUAAUCAUUUACGAAAUGGCCUCUGCUAUGGAACAGCAACAGCAGCAAACCACCCUAGAAUUUUAUCAGGCAAUGGCUGAUUUUAAAAAUAUGUUUCCACAAAUGGAUGAUGAUGUGAUUGAGGCAGUACUAAGGUCUAAUCAAGGAGCUGUAGAUACAACAAUUGAUCAGUUACUUGCUAUGAGUACUGACAAUGAAAAUGAAAAGAUCAGAAGUGAAUUAGAACAAAAUGAAAAAUCACCGAGUACCUCUAAAUCACCAAAAAAGGACCCUGUUAAGUCCUUGAGAAAUAUACAUAAAUGGCAACCUGCUUUACUAGGACCAUUACCAGAGACAUUUCUUAAACUUUCCCAUCAAGUUCCAAAAGAAAAGUUUGAUUCGUCGUAUUCGACAGAUUAUUCCAUGUUGGAAGAUGCAAGAAUCGCUAUGUUUCUUCAGAAUGAAGAAUUCAUGGCUGAAUUACGUUGGAAUGAAGAUUUUUUGUCAACCUUAGAAAGUGAUGCAAAAAUACCAGGAACAAAUCUUGAAAAAUGCAGUGGUCAGGUUGGUCACGACGAUGAGGACCUUUUUAAAGAAAGGCUCAAAAAUAUGGGCAAAAUGUCUCGGCGUAAAUUUGCACAACUUACUAAAGUCUUUACACGCAAUAAAAAACGAGGAGGAAGGCAGUUACUACCACCGACAGCUUCUUGCGAUGACUUACUGGACCCUGAAGAGUCAUCUAGAUCUCAGUCUUAAAAGUUUUAUCAUCUUUCUUAUUUUAUUAAUGGAAAACAAUUUCGGCAUGUGUUAUUCAAAAGCAAGGAAGAAGCAUAUCUAAAUUAACGUAAUUGAAUGAAAAAUAAGAAGAAAGAUAUAGAUUGGAAUCGUUUUGCCUGUAAAAAUUCAGUAAAUUAGAAAUUAAUUAGCAAUUCACAUUUAUGUUUUGUGCAGUAAAUAAUGCACCAAUACUUAUAAAGUUGCUUGGAUACAAUUUGACUUAAAAAUUCAGAAAGAUCAAAACGCAGAAUAUAGAACUAAUACUCUUAGAUAUUAUAUAAAACAAAAUGCAAAGCUGCAAAAUAUUUCGUAUUUUAAUAACUUAUUACAAAUAAGUACACUCUCUACAUAGUAACAGAACAAUAAUUACUACAACUAUACUAUUAAGAUAAGGACUUAUGAAGCUUUGAUGGAAAACAUUAUUCUUUCUGUUACUGCAAAAUGGUGAAAUUUAUUAGUUUUAUGCAUGGCAUAUUGUUUAUAAAAUUAACCAUUAUAAUGUUGAUAUUGUUUUAAGAAAUUUAUAGUUGUUUUUGUUUUAUAGAAACUUUGAAUGAUUUAUAUUAAUUUGAAAGGUACUAUUCGUAGUAAUUAGUAAAUGUUGUUAAAGUAUACAGCAAACAAUGUUUACAGAUAUUAAACAAACAU